AUGACUCCGCCUCUGCUCGCACUCGAGGAGCACUACUACUCGCGCGCCAUCUUCGAUGCGAUUGGCGAGCCCUUCCAGCGCACGCUGCAGGGCGUGCCUGGACUGGCCGACCAGCUGCGUGGCUUGGAUGUCGGGCGACUCGAAGCGAUGAGCCGCGGCAACAUCGCGCUGCAAGUCGUGUCACACGCGUUUACACCGGGCGGUCCCAGCGUCGAUGCCUGUCGUGCAGGCAAUGACGAGCUGGCGGCAGACAUUGCCCGGAUCAGCGACCCCCAGCGCUUUGCGGCUUUUGCGGUUCUGCCUGUCGCGGACGCUGCAGCCUCGGCGUCCGAGUUGGACAGGGCCGUGUCGCAGCUGGGCUUCGUGGGAGCCCUCAUCGAUAACCAUGCAGACGGCAAGCACUACGACGGGCCGGAAUACGACGUGCUCUGGGCCAAGGCCUGCGACCUCGAUGUGCCCAUCUACUUGCACCCGACGUGGCCCUCGGCAGACAUGACUGGGCAUUACAUGGGGUCCUACCCGGUCCCCGUGGGCAUGAGCCUCGGAGGCCCCGGUUGGGGCUGGCAUCCCGACGUCGGUCUGCACGUCCUCAAGCUGUUCGCAGCCGGGGUUUUCGAUCGCUUCCCGCAGCUCAAGAUCAUCAUUGGCCACAUGGGCGAGAUGCUGCCGUUCAUGCUGGAGCGGGCCAGCGACAUGAGCACGCGCUGGGCGGGCUGGGGUGUGAAGGACCGGUCCCUCAGGCAGGUCUGGGACGAGAACAUCUGGAUCACCACCUCUGGGUCUUGGAGUCUGGCACCGAUGAAGUGCAUCCUGCACAACACCAAGGUCGACCGAAUCAUGUACAGCGUGGACUAUCCGUUUGAGUCGAACGAGCGUGGGCUGGAGUGGUUCAAGGAGCUGGAGGCCAGCGGGUUGCUGACCGAGGAGCAGCUGGAGAUGGUGGCCCAUCGUAACGCCGAGAAGCUGUUGAAGGUGCAGGUCAGGGCCGAUUAG